UGCAGGCUAUAGAUGAUAAUUUGUCAUCACUAUUUCCCCGAGGUACUUUUCAAAAACAGCCACUGACGUGCGGGCUCGUGUCAGGAGGGGCAUUUAAGUUUCACCAUUACGCAUUUCUAUCCAAGGCAUCGGUGUGUAACUUCAUCAAGACCUGCAACCGGAGCACUUUUCACCCCGCUGCGAUAUCGGAUAACUUAUUCUAGACUAUGGUGGAUAUUUUCCAAAGUUAGAUCGAGCUGAAUAACUGCAACUAGGGAUUGAAGCGCGGCUGUUUAGAUCUGACAUUGUGUCUGAUAACAUGGGCGGAGUGUGCGAAUGCUGUUCAUGGUCUUGCAGACCGCUGUGGCCACUUUUGAUUAUUCUGGCUGCGAUACCGUGCAUGUUGCACUGCUCAGAGAGUCCUGCAGCAGUUGGCAAAAUGUAUCCACGCGGCAACCACUGGGCAGUAGGUCACUUGAUGGGAAAGAAGAGCAUCGAGAGCCUGCCUGUACUGCAGGAGACAAACCAUGACAGUGACUACCUCCCACCCUCAGAAACAGCCGGGGUCACAGAGCGACUGAUGGAGGCUGCGAUGCAGCAGAAGAACCGGAAGAACCAGAAACAGACGAUGCCCCAGACUGCAGACAGGCUGCUUCGGCUGCACAGCGGCUGGAGAGGCGAGGACAGAGACAAAUAUCUCAGAGAGAUGUCAGACCUGCUUCUUCUGGCUUUGAAACUGGGAGACAAUGACUCCACCUGAAUGCAAGCCGAAUUUAAAGAAGGGUCUUCAUCACCGACUGAACAUGUGCCCUGUAAUCGCACAUUCACAUUGUAUAUUUUUUUCUGCUGUAAGAGUACGCUGGAAACCCAAUAAAAAUGUAUUUUAUCAGUAAUUUAAUAUGUCUAAUAUGCACGUCAUGCAGAGUGUGAUUACAGACAGACGUGACAAAGUUAUGUUUCCUAAACUGAGAAGUCUGAAUAAAUUUAACGUUGUGAUAACUGCAUUGUGGAUGUCUAAUCAUGCUUUGCACUCUACAAGUAACAUUUUGUUUAUUUUCAUUUUUUUACCACACAUUCACUGUUUUUGUUCUAAAACAUGUAAUGCUCUUAAAGCUUACUCCACCUGUACAGUAACCAGUCUGUACCACCAGAUGGUGCACAACAUCCAUUCUGGGAGCACCUGUAGUUAACAUUA